AUGUUNUUCCGUUAUUGGAGAGCGAAGGACUGUUUGCUUGUUUGUGAUAACUCUGUAUGUGAAUCUUGUCAAGAAUACUUAAUCUCUACAAGUAGUUGUCGAAAAGCCAAAGAACGACGGCAGUCAAGACCUGCUCAUGUUAAUGCUCCAAUAUCUAAGACUGACCCAGAAAGAAUCAAACUCACUCUGCAGGGGCAACGAUUGAGAUGUGCAGAACUUGAGAGACAGCUGAAUGAGAUGCGUGUAGAACUUGAGAAAACUAACAUUGAAGUAGAUCAUGAAUUAAGUAAUGACUUUUCCAAGAUUCUUAAUUCAGCUAAUGAUGCAGAAAUUACCCCAUUCAUGAAACUCUUUUGGGAGCAGCAAAAGAAAUUAUUCUCUAGUAGCUCCAAAGGUGUAAGGUAUCAUCCAAUGAUUAUUCGUUUCUGCCUAUCCCUUGCAGCAAAGUCACCGUCAUGCUACGAAGAACUGCGUACCAGUAAAGUGUUGAUACUUCUUAGCCAAAGACGUCUAAAAGAUUACCGAAAUGCUAUCAGGCCUCAAAGGGGAUUUAAUGACAAAGUUAUAGAGCAACUUAAAUCUCUCACAAAUUCAUAUUUUGAUGUUCAAAGGUAUGUUGUACUUUUAUUCGAUGAAAUGAAAGUGCAGUCCAACCUUGUUCUAGACAAGGAUACGGGAGAACUGAUUGGAUUUACCGAUCUUGGUGAUCUUUACUUGAACUUUGCAGUUUUGGACAAGACAGAUGAGAUUGCUACACAUGCUUUGGCAUUCAUUGUUCGUGGUGUGUCCACUCAGCUGAAGUUCUGUUUGGCACACUUCUCAACAAAUGGUGUGACUGCUUCACAGUUGAUGCCCAUAUUUUGGGAAGCAGUUUUUAUUCUGGAAACAUUUUGCAAUUUGUGGGUUAUUUGUACCACCUCUGAUGGCGCCUCCCCGAACAGAAGGUUUUAUCGAUUGCACAAGUCUAUGGAUGGAGAUGCAGACACAGAUGUAUGCUAUCGGACUAUGCUCUACCUGUCGAAGGGUCUGUUACUGGGCCUCUACUGGAACCAGCAGGAUGAGCUCUUUGAUGGGGCGUAG